AUGUUCGCUCCCUCCGUUUCUCGAGCUCUUGCUCGUAGCUCGGCCAUGCCGAUGCCUGCCAUUCGUUCUUACCGCACCGUCUCGAGCCCCAUUGCUUGCGUCAAUGCCCGCCCCCAGUCUGCAAAGAAGUCUAUCGCUGCCCAGCAGACUCGCGCCUCCUCCGAGCACGCCAUCGCCAAUCCCACACUUGCCGGUAUCGAGAAGCGCUGGGAGGCUCUUCCCCCCCAGGAGCAGGCCGACCUGUGGAUGCAGCUGCGCGACCGCAUGAAGGUUGACUGGCACCAGAUGACCCUCCAGGAGAAGAAGGCUGCCUACUGGAUUGCUUUCGGACCCCACGGCCCUCGCUCUCAGCCUCCCAAGGGCGAGAACCUCAAGAUCUUCUUGAAGGUCGUUCAGCUCUGCGCCGUCUCCGUCGGUCUGUUCUACGUCGUCCACUUCUUCGCUAAGCCCCAGCCCAAGACCAUGAGCAAGGAAUGGCAGGAGGCCUCCAACGAGUACGCUCUGCGCGAGAAGAUCAAUCCUCUGUACGGUAUCAGCAGCCAGGGCUACGAGGGCAAGGGCUUCGUCCAGAGCCCUCCCGCUGAGAAGUCAUAA